GUUUUGUGCCUCGCGGUCAUCCCAGCAUCAACCAAAGCUCAUCACCAACCCAAAACAGAGAGAGAUAUGAAGACUGCUUGUGCUAUGGCGGCUGGUGUUGCGGCGUGCGCUGCGACGGCAUCAGCGUUUGUUGCUCCUAGCGCGUUCAAGGGAGCGUCGUUGACCGCCGCGAAGCCCGCGUCCUCGUCGAUGAAGAUGUCCUUCGAGAACGAAAUCGGAGCCCAGGCGCCCAUCGGCUACUGGGAUCCCCUUGGCCUUCUCACCAAGGACCCCUCCCAGGAGCGCUUCGACCGCCUCCGGUACGUGGAGAUCAAGCACGGCCGCAUCGCAAUGCUCGCCAUCCUCGGCCACAUCACCGCCCAGAACUUCCGGUUCCCCGGCAUGCUCGCCCCGUCCGCGAACCUCGCGUUCGCCGACUGCCCCAACGGUCUCGCCGCCAUCUCCAAGAUCCCCCUCUACGGCCUGGCCCAGAUCUUCCUUUUCAUCGGGUUCCUUGAGACCAAGGUUAUGUUGCAGAAGGAGGGGUCUUUCCCCGGAGACAUGUCGCUCAUCAACCCCUUCGAGAAGGAGUGGGAGUCAUGGACGGAGGAGGAGCAGGCCAAUAAGAGGGCGAUCGAACUCAACAAUGGCCGCGCGGCGCAGAUGGGCAUCCUCGCCCUGAUGGUGCACGAGCAGAUCGACAACACCCCCUACGUGAUCAACGAAAUCCUCGGCUCGCACGUCCAGUUCAACUAGAGCGGAGGGAGGACCAACCGGUCACCCCGUUUACUUUUCGUGCUGGGGGCGUU